UAGAUCAUGUAGAAGUCGGUGGAGAAGUUGACAACUUCCGCUAAUGGACAGUAAUUUGUGAACAAGAACCUUUUAUCUAGAUGAAUCAAUCUCUUUCAUCUCGGAUUGAUUUCAACGCAAAAUGUGAUAAUAGCUCUAGGCUUCAUAUUGUCCUUUUACCUGUUGGUCUUGUUGAUGAGAACUUUUUGAGCACAAUACCUUCUGAACUGAGCAAAGUACCCUUGCCCAAUCGUAAUCAGCUGAGUGCCAAGUUUGUGCUGCAAUCUCAGCCACUUCUUUCUGAUUGGAGUGAUGUACAAUAUUAUCGUAGACCUAUUGGUUUACUCUGCAUCACACAUGCUGAUGCUUCCUCAAACCUGGCUGGAAUUUUACCCCAGUACGAGAAGAUAAAACGGCGAAUGGACAGCACUGUUAUUGAUUCAAGGUGUAUCAUUUUCAGCGAAGAAUCUCUUAUGCUACCACCAGAUUGCAUCAGGCCAGACAUAAUGGUGAUACAGUAUAGUGGUGACGUAAGUUCUGUUCACUGUGAGGAAUUGACUGCUCUCAUUGGUGAAUUUACCCAGGCUUUAUAUUCUGUUGUUGUCAGAAAUACCAUUGAAAUGGGAGGUGAAAAGUAUAACCCUCAGCUGUUAUACAGUCCUUACGAAAGAAGCAAAUCUGGACUAGAUGAGGGUAAAAUGGGCCGCAAAAGGAUACAAGCAAGACACAAGAAACAUCUGGGAGAUAUGUUUCUGAUCAUAGGAAAACCUGAAAAAGCAAAUGAGAGCUAUGAAGAAGCUGCAAGAAACUUGCUAUCAAUCGGGGACAGCUUGUGGACUGGUGCUGCAUAUGAAGGCCAGUGUUGUGCGAUUGCAAGGAUGCUACAAUUAGACGAGGCUGAGUCUACCACUGCUAUGGGAGGUGGCAAACUGCAUUCUUCUCAGGAAUCUUUGAACAGUGCCUCAUCUGAACCGGAAAUGAAGAGUACAGAAAAUCUUAAAGGGCUGUUCAGGACCGGUAUAAAUCACAUGGAAAAGAUAAGGGAAGCAUCCUUGAUAAUGCUUGAAAGCACUUUGAAGUUUGUCAGAUUGAUGAUAGAUUUAGAAUGUAAAAGGGAGGCAUGUGUCAUACUUAAUUCAGAAAUAUUUUACUGUUAUGACGAUCUAACCCCAGUUGAGAAGCUGCAAUUUUUCUGUACUAUUGCUCUUUUGUAUGAGCAAAUGGGGAUGCACAGAAAAUACAGUUAUUUCUUGCGAAGAGCUGCACUUGAAUCUAUUCAUGAAAAAAUGCUUUCAAGAGCAUACACAAUUUCAUCAUCUUUACUAUGCAAUGUCAUAGAGAGGUACGGUGUUGUUCCUGGUAAUCAAAGUGCGCAUGGUUGGCCUCAGCUACAGAAGCUUGUGCUCAAUGAUCUGAUCUCAACCAGUGACAAAUUAGCCAACAGUGACAGUGUUGUUAAAUAUGGAAUGUGCUUGUUGCAAAACUUUUACUCACAUCUGGACCAUGACGAUCAACUCCGUAUUCUAAACCUUAUCUUCAAGAAUAACACCAGGCUUGGUCAAGACAUGAUUGAAGCACCAAACAUACCUGUUUGCAAGAAGAUUGUGAUCAAGUCUUUAGGGAAAUCUUUGGAACCUCGAUUAAACAAACAAACCAACAGUAUAUUCAUAUUCAAUCCUAAUGCUAGCAAGAGCAAAGAGGAAGAAAACUUAGUUAAUUGGGUUUGUGACGAAUUUGGAGAAGUUCUGCUGAAACUGGAAAAUCCACUUCUGCACUCUCUGCAACUGUUUGACAUAAGAUGCAUAGUGGAGGGAGGUAUUGCGGAAUGCUACCCUGGCACCAUUACAAUAUACCCUAAGCAGACAGUUGAUAUAGUUCUGACAAUCAAACCUCGUCAACCAGGUACACUAAAACUGGUUGGAAUUAAACUUCAACUAUGUGGUGUUCCCUCUCACUUUAAAGUGACAUGUGCAGAAACUAUAUCAGUAUCAAAACCAAUGCCUCUACUAGUUUUGAAGUCUGAUAUUCCAGCUACACUAACUCUGUACGAGGGGGAAGAGAGAAAGCUGUCCUGCAGGAUAGCUAACAUCAGCAGUUUUCCCAUCCAGCAUAUUGAUGUUAUCGACAACUGUUCCAGGACCGGUCUUGUCUUUCAGUAUGGUGAGGUUCCAGUUCCACUUCUUCCGGGUACAUUUGCUGAUAUUGAAAUUAAUAUCAACACAAAAAUAGGCCAUGAAAGGAGAGCUGAGUGUUUUGACAGUAGACCCGAGAGAACCCAACGUGGUACCAUCUAUGAGAACUCGUCAGAGUUUGAUGAAGGAGACGAUGCACCUAUUGUUAGACGUGCUAGACAGACCAAAAUUGAAAAUGUGUUUGUAGAGGAAAACUUUUCUCUGAGCUUCAGAUAUUAUGAUAAGGAGAAAGAGUAUUUCCGACAGCUUGAUUCAACUUUUACAGCUCAAAUAAAUCUUCUGUAUCAGCUAGCUGGUUACUCCAUUUCACAGCACCUCUCUGAUAGCAGCAAAUGCCAAAUGCAUCUCUCUUUAGCAUCAAUGUGUCCUCAAAGAAUGGAACUAAACGUUGCUGGAAUUUCACAUUUUGUAGAUUCUGGUGAACUGUUUGCUAAGGAUGUUGCUCUAGACAGGGUCACUCGCUGUGAUAACUCCCCAACAUGUCAUCAUAGGGUUAAGUUCUCUGACUUACUGGAUCCUGAUUUUAAAUAUAUCCCAUGGAAAGUUGGUGAUAGGCAAGGAAGAGUAAAUGUUAUCGAGUCUGUCACUCAGUAUACUGACCUUACAAAUGCCUUAAAAGAGAAACUGAUCAUUUCAUGCAACGUGCUAGACAGACCUGGAGAAGAAAAAACACACAAAGUGUCCAUUGGAACACCUAUAACGCUAUCCAUCAUGGUGACAAAUGUCUCAGAUGAGUCUCUGGGCUCACUGCUGUUGUUUGUAAGGGCAUUUUACGAAGGAUCAUCUGCCUUCAAGAAGAUGUGUGAUAUUCCCUUUAUUGGAACUAGAGACCACAGUGUUGAGAGCCUUGAACCUCACUCUACUCUGUCACAUGAGUUUACCCUGAUGCCCAUGACAUGUGGUAAGUUCUCUGUGGAAGUAAGUGCCUGCCAACUGCCCCCUCCAAGUGGCACUGCUUCUUGUACUAUCCAGUACAGCAACCAGCAGCUUACUCCUGAGGUGGACUCUGUGGUCAUUGAUGAGGAACAUCAGGAGAGCCCAAUCAUUCCAAGAAAGAUAAUCAUGCAGUACCUGAAUGAUGGUCUGCCACCACCAAAGUACAUGGAGAACUGGAAGAUGCGACCAUCAUUACAGUUUGAAAUUUUCAACUAACGUUUAAAGGACUCUUAAAUCUUUAUGAUAAUAUAUUAUAUGAUUAAUGUUUUUGUGUUUUUAAUUUUUACAGGUGCGCAGUCAUGACAGAUUUGAUAUGAUUUAAUGAUAGUAAAAUGAUUGAUAGAAUAUCUAACAGCAUUGAAUUACGAUAUGGAUGUUAUUCAAAUUUUGUCUCUUAUUGUCGAUGUAAAUUCUGUUUAAAUGAUGCCUUUUUUGACCAGCAUGAUUUUGCUAAUAUUA